UUCCACUUUCCCAUCGUAUCGAAUACUACCUACCUAGCUCAUCUUAUCUGAGCGGCAUAUCUACACAGACAACAUGUCGGCACAAGACUACUACAACCAAGGCCAGCAAGGCGGAAACGGUGGCUACGGCCAGCAGCCUCCCCAGAACAACCCCUACGGCUACAGCCAUGGCCAACCCACUCCCCAGUACCAGAGCCAGCAACAGGGCGGCUAUCCCCCCUACGGCGGCCAGCAAGACGCCCCCUACCCCCCUCACAACUCCUACUCCUCCCCUCCUCCUCAAGGUGGCUACCACCAAGCACCUCCUCAGUAUCACGGGCAAUCGCAAGACUACAGCCACCAGUCCUACGGAAACGCUCCCCCGCCUCACAAUCCCCAAGCGCCCUACGGCCAGCCACAGUAUGGUCAGGAUGGCCAGAGACAAUACCAUGACCAGAGCCAGCAGAGCUACGGCCAUCAGCAGGGAUACCCACCACAGCAUCAGCAGUACCCAGGCCAGGGCGGCCCAGGAGGUCCCGUAGGCCCUGAUGGUGAGCGUGGUCUCGGCGCUACGCUGGCUGGUGGUGGAAUGGGCGCCAUGUUGGCGCAUGCUGGUGGAGCAGGCACCCUGGGUGGUGUGGUGAGCGCGGUUGGAGGCGCGAUUGCGGCGAAUCUGUUGGAGGAUAAGCUCCAGAAGAAGAAGAAGGACAAGAAGGACAAGAAGGAUAAGCAUCACAAGAAGGACAAGCACCACAAGAAGGACAAGCACCGCGGCGGCGGCAGCAGCUCCGACUCGAGUGAUUCGGACUAAGGCUGGGGAUUGACUUGAUAGCGAUAAACGAGAGGUAAUGAUACCCGUUUUGCGGACGGAGUAGUGGAUACUGCGAUGACAUUUCCAGCGUAAUACAGCAACUUGUUUCAUACUCGUUCUCCAAAUCUUCAAAUAAUGAACACCCGUCACGG